AUGAAAUGGUCGAAGGAAUUUGCAGAAACUUCUCUACCUAGGUCUACCAUGCAAAAAUCUCAUUUCUGCUUUCUUUUUAAAUUGCAUGUUUUUAAAUUCACGUCGACUUUAGCGUUUGGCUGCCAUAGGAGCCGGCAGUUCUAUCUGCAACGUUCAUUUGACUGUGAGUAUUGCAAAUUUAAAUACGGAUAAAACGCCAAGAUGGCGGAAUAGAAAGCCGCUCGCCUGACAGUGGAAGCUGCCAUGUUUUUCAGUCUAUUUUUGGAAACUCAGGUUUAAGAAAACCGGGGGGGGGGGGAGGAGAGAGGAGAUGGCCCACAGUAUAAGACGCCCCCUAUUUUUGGAGACUCAGAUUUAAGAAAAUGGGGGGGGGGGAAUGGCCCAGAGCAUGGGUAGGCAACCUAAGGCCCAGGGGCCGAAUGCGGCCCAAUCGCCUUCUCAAUCCGGCCAGCGGACGGUCCAGGAAUUGGCGUGUUUUGACAUGAGUGCUUUUAUUAAAAUGCAUCUCUGGGUGAUUUGUGGGGCAUAUGAAUUCGUUCAUUCCCCCCCCCCAAAAAAAAAUAGUCCCGCCCCCCCCCCCCAAGGUCCAGGGACAGUGGACCGGCCCACUGCUGAAAAUGUUUGCUGACCCCUGGCGCCCUUUUUACAAAAGGAGAAAAGAGGACAAGCUUUUGCAACCAUACAACUACACCGGAUGAAUUGUUGACUGCUAAAUCUGCAACACAGAUCUAUAUAUAUAUAUAUAUAUUUAAACUAAUACAUUACAGCGGUACCUCUGGUUGCGGACAGGAUCCGUUCUGGAGGUCUGGCCGGAUUCCGAGGUUUUUGCAACCGGAGGUGCCAUUCUGUGCAUGCGCGUGGCGUGGUAGAGCGCUUCUGCGCAAGCUGCAAAACCCGGUAAAACACUUCUGGUGUUGCCACUUACAUAUCCCGAAGUUUACGUAACCAAAGGGUUACAUAAGCGGAGGUACUGCUGUAUUUGCACUUCAGGGAAGCUCAUCCAUAGUAGGCGCAGGCGUGGUUCAACUUGGCCCUCCAGCUGUUUUGGGAUUACAACGCACAUCAUCCCUAGCUAACAGGACCAGUGGUCAGGGAUGAUCGGCGUUGUAGUCCCCAAACAGCUGGAGGGCCAAGUUGGGCCAUGCCUGAUCUAGAGCAGUGGUGGCUGAGGAAACCAACUCUCCCCAGGUGAAAACCAGAAUAGGGGUAACAAGAGGUACAACUCCAAUUCCAAACCAACGCUUUCCAAAGGAAAAUUCCAGGAAGGGAAAAGCCAAAUGUCCUUUUUUUCUCCUUUUUCCAAGCCAGAUGAGCACAAAUUCCACAUCAAAUUCCGUGCUAUUUCUCGGAAUGAAGGAAGGAAGAAAAUCAAAGUUUUCCAAAUGUGGACGACAAGAAACAUUUGGAACCGGAAUCCUACAAAUAGGACAACGUUGCCUAUCAAUACAGACCAGCCAGCGCUCACAGAACAUGGGGAAAGGGCUUCAUAA